UCUGGUCAAGAGAAAAGAAGUUUUGUAUAUGCCCUGCCUUCCAUUCCAUAAGUUCUUGCAUUGGCUUUACGCCGAAGCUGAAAUCGGAGAAAACCGAGCUUUGAUUUCUCCCCAACAAACACAAUCCAUUCUCAACCAUGUCAUUCUCACGAAGGUUAAGGUUUUCUGUCUCUCUUUCCAUUCCCAAUUUUUCCUCUUUUCUUCAAAACUCCUCACAUUCUCACUUUCACUCUCAGCCCCCAUCCAUUCAAAAUGUUGACGAUGCCGUUUCCCAAUUCAAUCGCAUGCUGUGUAUGCGUCAUACCCCACCCAUCAUCCAAUUUAACAAGAUUUUAGAUUCCUUUGCCAAGAUCAAGCACUAUUCCACCGCUGUUUCCCUUUCUCACCGAUUGGAACUCAAGGGAAUUCAGCCUGACUUUUUUACUUUGAAUAUUCUCAUUAAUUGUUUCUGUCAUAUGGGUCAAAUUACUUUCGGUUUCUCUCUAUUGGCCAAGAUUCUCAAGAGGGGUUACCAUCCCGACACCAUAACCUUCACAACACUCAUCAAAGGUCUCUGUCUUAAGGGACAAGUCAAGAAAGCACUACACUUUCACGACAAGCUAUUAGCACAAGGAUUUCAACUCGACCAAGUUAGUUAUGGGACUUUGAUCAAUGGAGUAUGCAAGAUAGGAGACACAAGAGGUGCCAUCAAGUUGCUGAGAAAGAUUGAUGGACGACUGACUAAACCUAACGUGGAAAUGUACAGCACAAUUAUUGACGCCCUGUGCAAAUAUCAACUUGUAAGUGAGGCUUAUGGUUUAUUUUCUGAAAUGACUGUCAAGGGAAUUUCUGCUGAUGUUGUCACGUAUAGUACUCUAAUAUAUGGCUUCUGCAUCGAGGGUAAGUUGAAAGAAGCAAUUGGUUUGUUAAAUGAAAUGGUAUUGAAAACUAUCAACCCAAAUGUUUAUACCUAUAAUAUACUGGUUGAUGCAUUAUGUAAAGAAGGAAAGGUGAAAGAAGCAAAAAGUGUGUUAGCUGUGAUGCUCAAAGCAUGUGUGAAACCUGAUGUUAUUACGUAUAGUACUUUAAUGGAUGGAUACUUCUUAGUUUAUGAAGUGAAGAAGGCACAACAUGUAUUCAAUGCUAUGUCCCUAAUGGGAGUGACUCCUGACGUUCACACUUACACGAUCCUCAUUAACGGAUUUUGUAAGAAUAAAAUGGUGGACGAGGCAUUAAAUCUCUUUAAGGAAAUGCAUCAGAAAAAUAUGGUUCCCGGUAUAGUCACAUACAGUUCUCUUAUUGAUGGUUUAUGCAAAUCAGGGAGAAUACCUUAUGUUUGGGAUCUUAUUGAUGAGAUGCGUGAUAGAGGUCAACCCGCAGAUGUAAUCACCUACAGUUCUUUAAUAGAUGGAUUAUGCAAAAACGGUCAUCUUGACAGGGCAAUUGCAUUGUUCAACAAAAUGAAAGAUCAGGAAAUUCGACCGAAUAUAUUCACAUUCACUAUACUUCUUGAUGGACUAUGUAAAGGUGGAAGACUUAAGGAUGCACAAGAGGUUUUUCAAGAUCUUUUGACUAAAGGAUAUCAUCUCAAUGUCUACACAUACAAUGUUAUGAUCAAUGGGCAUUGUAAACAGGGCCUGCUCGAGGAAGCAUUGACCAUGCUGUCAAAAAUGGAAGACAAUGGUUGCAUCCCUAAUGCAUUUACUUUUGAAACUAUCAUCAUUGCUCUCUUUAAAAAAGAUGAGAAUGAUAAGGCAGAGAAACUUCUUCGACAAAUGAUUGCUAGAGGCUUGUUGUAAGACUAAAACUAUGUGAGAACUUUCUAGUUACACGUGAAAAAGAAGAUGGACAAUGCAAUGGGCUCAAUAUCACUUUAGUUUUGAUUAAAGGUAUGAUACAAACAUGACAGUCUUCGGAUGUUAAAUUUGCACAAAGGAUGUGAACAUAUGGUGAAUAGGCAAAACAGCUUGGUGAAGGAUGGAAGUAGACCCAUUGUUUCUCUUGCUUUCUUCAUACAUGGAUUGCCUAGGCCUCUGUUCACACGUCCUAAUGAAGGCAUUUUAAUUUCUCCUGGAUUAUAUCUGCACUAGGUAAUCACAACAACUCAAAGAAAAGAAGGCUGGCCAAUUCAAAAUCAGUUUAGGUGUAUCAGAUCCAAAGAUUGGUUGUCAGAUAUCUGAACUCCCUAAAAUUCCUUGCCAAAGUAACGAGUUUGACAGUGAGCUUCUUCGUGGUGUGCGCCUCCAUUUUGAUAGGUUUGUUAGUGACCUCAAGUCCAGGGAUUUGGAAAAGGCACAACUUGGUCUGGGGCAUAGUUACAGCAGAGCAAAGGUGAAAUUCAAUGUUAACCGUGCCGAUAAUAUCGUCAUUCAAGCAAUUUUCCUUCUUGAUACACUUGAUAAGGAUAUUAAUUCAUUCUCCAUGAGAGUCAGGUGGUUUGUGUUGGACAGUGAAUUCUCUGAUAAGUAUAUAAUUUUCAUAUUCUAAAUAGUUUUCUUCCUUUAGGAGAAUUAUUAAACUUGAAGAGUUGAAU